AGCAGGGAAGCAGCUUUCACGUACGCAAUAAGUUCGGCGGGUGUAACGUACGCCGUGACCGCAGCUUGCAGCAGGGGCAACAUCACCGCCUGCGGUUGCGAACCCACCGUAAGAUAGUUAAAGCUCUGCUGCAAACGGAAUGCAAAUGUCACGGCGUGUCCGGUUCGUGCACCGUGAGAACCUGUUGGCGGACCUUACCCAGUUUUCGUCAGAUCGGCGAUGCACUGAUGAAAAAGUAUUACAGAGCCAGGCCGGUGAUAGCGAUUACCCCACCGCCACCCCCGACGAUGCAGAGUUUAGAUGCGUUGCAUUCAACGUCGGCCGAAAUGGUGCCGAUUUUGGGGAACGAUGCGAAAACCCAGGGGAAACCGAACGACGUUGGAAAAUCGCGGCACGAUCGGCAACCAACCCCAAAGAAAGCCACGAAACCAAGGAGGCCGCACUUGGUAUUGAAGAGGACAAAAUCGAACGGUGGACUGAGCAUGGGACAAAAGAGGAUUCCAAAGAGAAGCGAGUUGGUCUUUCUACAGCCAUCCCCUAAUUACUGUGAGCCAGAUUUAGCCCAAGGUAGCCUAGGAACUCAAGGCAGAUAUUGUAAUCGUACUAGUAAAGGUACGGACGGAUGCGACCUAAUGUGCUGCGGUCGCGGUUACAACACGCACCAGUUCACGAGAACGUGGCAGUGCAGAUGCAAAUUUCACUGGUGUUGCCGUGUGCAUUGUGAAACGUGCACAGAACGUACCGAGGAGUACACGUGCAAA